AUGUCGACUCGUCAUGCGAGGGAACACAGACGAGUGUACCAGGCAUGUGAACCUUGUCGGGAGAAGAAAGUACGCUGCGAGUUGGGAUCGACGGAUAAUCCGAAUAAGCCACCCUGUGCGCGAUGCCGCAGAGAGAGCAAACAAUGUUUCUUUGCUGCGUCGAGGAUCAGGAAGAAUGGUGCUACAAAGCGAAAAGCGCAAUCACCUUUAGUUGAAGAACUCAACCGGCCUCAACCUGCGAUCUAUCUUCCUGGCUCAACAUACUUGCCCCGCAGUACUCUAAACCAUGCUGUACAAGAAGCAGAGCGCCAAACGCCGACAGAAGAUGGACGUGCUGCAGCGGCUUUGCUCGAGGGACACCCUCGCACCUAUCAUGAUGCAUUGACUCUUCUAUCAGAGACUUGCGAGCACAUGGACAACCGCACUGGCUUGGCUGAUAGAGCACCCCUGGUGAAUCACCCCCCAAACGGCAGAUUGAACCCCGCCAACUCACCUCUUGGCGCCCAUGCCGAUACCAACACCACCGACAAGGGUACCAAUGCGGCACUGCGCGCUUGGUCGAAGCUACGCUUUGUUCGUGGUGGACUAUUCACAGCAGAAGAAGCGCUAGACAUGGUGGAUUAUUUUUACAAUUCCCUGUCAGCCUUUUCGCCUGUAGUGCCAGAAUGCUUUCGCGAUCAUUCCCAGCACGCGACGCUGAUCGAGCAAGAGCCUAUAUUGACAAUCACCAUUUUGAUGAUUGGGUCACGUUACAGAAAGUGGACUGGACCGGCUGCAGUCGCACGAUCCUAUAUCGUUCAUGACCGGGACUUCUUCGUUGGCGAAAUCCCUUCGCUCAGAGAUCCCUUCAUUGGUUCUGCUAGGGCGCCACAGCCGCCAUAUGCGGGGGAUGCGUCCCAUGGAUUUCGCACGUUAGGAACAUGCGAGGCAUUGUUGCUGCUCCUGGACUGGCACCCUCGUGAUCUCCACUUCCCACCCCCUGACGAGGAUAGUUCAUCGAUCGUGGUCUCUGAGCCAAAAAGACCGCGGAAGACCCCUUCUGUUACUGGAUAUGACGGGCCCGGGUCUGGACACGACUGGCUCGCUCGAUCGGAUCGCUUGUGCCACUCCAUGCUUUCCACUGUCUUAAUGUUGGCAACCGAAAUGGGUAUUUUCUGUGAGAACUAUAUAUUCCGACAAGACGAUCGUGUUAGGCACGACUCUUCGGCGCUUGCUCGUGACCAGGAGAGGUGUCAUCGGAUUCGUUGCCUGAUGUGGGUUUAUUCGACACUGCAACCGGGCCAACCAGGACGCAAAGUUCCAAUACCAUUCCCUCCCACAGUGAGCGCCAGCAUUAAAAUUGACGACACAACGGAAUGCUGGAUGCGCGUCGCAAUCAUCACGAAGAAUGCAAACGAGCUUCUCUUCGUGUCGCCAACAUUUACUGGUGAGAUUAUUCGCAAUGGACAGUACCUUCCAAUUGUUCGAGGCCUUGAGCCAAAGGUCAAUAACUCUAUCGCUCAGUUUGAUCGCGCCAAACUGGCGAAGCAAACCAGAUAUAUCUUGACUAUCGAGUACGAAUAUGCCAAACUCUGCAUUUUCAGCGUCACAUUGCAAGCUGUAAUCAAUCGGCAUCACCGCGAUGGUACAAGUGGGCGGUUAGAUGGCUGUUGCAGAGGUGCAUCAACAGAAGAGCAGAGGCAUCUUAGGGGGACGGUCGAGGCCUCUCAGAGUAUUCUAAGAACAGUUCUCGAUGACAUACACCCAGAUGGAGGUUUUACUUAUAUGCCUGUUCGAUCAUACUCUAGACUUCUGGGUGCAACAUUAAUUCUCCUGAAGUGCUGUGCUGCCGGAAUAAGCGAGAUCGACAUUCCCAUGGCCUUCGACCUCGUCCAGCGAGUGGCUGUUGGCCUUCGCAGCUCUGUAAUCGAUGAUAUACAUCUGGGAACUCGUUGGGGCGAUCUUCUCGAAAAUCUCACUCGCCGAUUGCAGUCGCGCCUAGGCCAUCCAAACACGCCAAAGGGUUCUGGCGCGGGACGUCCAUCGGGAGCAACUCCAUCAAAUACUUACGGAGAGACCUCUCAGGCAUUUCCAGAAACAGAGCCAUCGACAAUCAGUUUGUCCACCCAAGAUCAGCAGGCUAGUGUCUAUCCCGAACACAGCGAUAUCUUAGAUGUCGACCGACCGAGUUCCGGUGAUGCAAGGCGCGACACCCAAUUCGACACCUUGUCAAUGUGGUGGGACAAUGCGUUCUCCCAGGUGAAUCUUAAUUAUAUGCCUUGGUAUCCGACUUUAGGGCUCAUGGAUGGAAUUGAUCCCGCAUGCCCGAAUGAUGCUGGGACUGUGUUUGAAAGCGGCGGACCAACCCAUGGAGCAUGA